AGAAAAUAGAAUUACUAUUAGAAGAAAUCCAACUAGUUACCUUGCAAAGCCAAGCUUUAGUUGACCUUAAAUAUAGUGGUUCAGUUAGAAUCAAUCUUAUAGAUAGUGCUCAAAAUAUAGCUCAAGUUGAAAAAAAUAAGUAUAUAGCACCCGAUAGUAACCAA